AUGACAGAGUACGAUACCUCGGACGGCGUUGCGUUGUCCCUCCACGCUUUCGCCGGGCGAGACGGCAUCCUCGCGAAAAUUACUCCCCCCAGGCAGCCCGUGAAGCCAACAGUCCACGUACCCUGUGAUAUCGUCCUGGUUAUCGACGUCUCGGGCAGCAUGGGCGCCAACGCCCCGAUUCCGGCUAACCCUGGUGAGGUGGCGGAGAACUAUGGCUUGUCGGUAUUGGACUUGGUCAGACACGCCGCCCUCACCAUCGUGGAGACCCUUGAUGAAGGUGACAGGCUCGGUAUCGUCACCUUUGCAUCCCAAGUCAAGGUGGUUCAGGAGUUGAUUCCGAUGAACAAGAAGAACAAGGGUCUUGCUAAGAAGAAUAUCAAGAAGAUGGUACCCACGGAUGCAACCAAUCUGUGGAAAGGCUUGAUGGAAGCUAUCACCCUGUUCAACAGGAAAUCAGACGAAAAGUCGGAAAGGGUCCCGGCUAUGAUGGUAUUGACAGACGGGCAGCCGAACUUGAUGUGCCCUGGCCAAGGAUACGUGCCGAAGAUGCGAGAAGAGGUGAAGCUCCUCAAAAAUGAGAGAUUACCAGCCUCAAUUCACACGUUCGGCUUUGGAUACAACUUGAAAUCUGGCCUCUUGAAGUCGAUCGCUGAGGAAGGAGGCGGAAACUACGCCUUUAUUCCCGAUUCUGGAAUGAUUGGAACCGUGUUUGUCCAUGCUGUCGCCAAUCUACAAGCAACAUACGCAAUUAGGGCCACGCUGCGUCUUACUUGUUCUUCGCUGCUUACCAUCGAGGAGGCGAUGGGCGAGUCUGUAAACAAGCAAGAAGUAGAGAUCCUUGAAGGUGACAUGGAGAACGGCAUACCAGAUCAGCAUGAGCUCUCGAUCUUACUUGGAAACCUGCAAUAUGGUCAGUCGAGGGACAUCUACCUCCGAGUAGAUGCACCCGCGGAACUCACCUCAGAUCAUGCGGUUGUCAAGGCAUCGAUUGAGUACUCUCGCAUGGCAAACAACACUUAUACACAAAGCACCUCACAAUCGCUUCUGAACCCGACAACUCUUCCCGAAUCUGAGCUCGUCUACCAUCUCUCUCGCUCCAAGAUUUGUUCUUUCCUCUCAACCAUCAUACCCAUGGCUCCCGACGGCGAGCACAAGGCCUUGCCCCGUAUCUCACCCGAGAAGAUCCAGGAGCUCAAGGCCCUCAUCAAAGACAUCCCAGCAAAGCGCUUCCCAUCCGAUCCGAACAACAAGUCCUUGAUCGAGGAUCUCGAGGGUGCUCAGCCAAAGGGUCAAGUCUCUCUAGCUUUGACGAACCGAGAAUACUACAAGAAAUGGGGCGUCCACUACAUACCCUCGUACUUGAACGCGCACACUCGCCAGAUCUGCAAUACUUUCAAAGACCCUGGCCCUCUUCGAUACGGAGUCGACAGUCCUCUCUUUAUCGCGUGCAGGAACAGGUUAGAUCACGCGUUUGACAGCAUUCCUCCACCCACACCCUCCAACCAGCACACCGCUACUCACCGUGGACGAGUACACAUGAGCUCCUACAACAGCUCCUCCGGUGUAUGCUUUAUCUCCUCGACGCCUGUGCGCCUCGCUUCUGGCCAGAGCGUCCCUAUCAAGGCUCUUCGAAGGGGCGUAGCGGUGCAGACGCCUUCUGGUCCGCGCCGGGUCGUCGCUGUUCUCAAGACACCCGUGCAGAGGGAGAUCAUGUGUCGCGUUGGCGAGCUCGUCGUCACUCCGUGGCAUCCUCUGUCUCUCGAUGGUGGCAAGACCUGGACUUUCCCGGCAAAUGUGGCGGAUCGACCUGUUAGGUACACCGGCUGCAUCUACUCGGUCCUGCUCCAGCCAGGCCGGGAUUCAGAGGCUCAUGCGAUCAACGUCGCAGGUACCUGGGGAGUGACCCUUGGGCAUGGAAUAGUCACAGGGCAGGACGCAAGGGCCCAUCAAUUCUUUGGCAACUAUGGAAAGGUUGUCAGAAGUCUCAGAAAAAUAAGGGCAAGUAAGAAAGGCGUUGCCGUUGGCGGUGGCGUAAACAGAGACUCGGUCACCGGGCUGGUCUCUGGCUUUGCUCCUCACAGGGAGGCGGAUGUGGCCGUCAAGAGAGUUGCGAACAACGCUAUAUGUGUCGCUUAA